AGCCAAUGGAGGAGGAAAAGGAAGAAGCUGUCAGUGAGGAACAAGAUCACAUCUCCCUGGAAGAUGAGACAAGCAGUACAGAGGAAUGUCUUCCAGAGGCCGAGGAAAAUGAGAAAGAAAGCAAGCAUGUAAUCAAAAAUAUCCUGUGGACCGCAGCCAAGAACUUCACAGUGGAGAAAGGACAGCAGCAAAUUGAAGAACUAAUUUCUACAUGGGACAUUCAUGAAAGCUGGCUUCACCACUCAGAAUUUCUUGAGGAAGAAGAACUGAAGGACAGCAAGAGGUACCAUUACAGAGCUUGCUGGGGCAUCCCAACACGCAGAAAACCCAUCCCACGAGCAACAGCGAGUGUCUACUUCGUUAUAGUGAUUUCCAAAUUCAAACCUGAUACUGCACCUGUGGAGGUCUUCUACAGACUGGAGUCCAGCAGGCUGAUUCGGAGGCCAGAACAGUGUGAGUUUAGAGAAAAGUGGCUUCAGGACAUAAUUGAAAAUAAAAUAAUGUGUGCAGAAAGGCUUGCUUCCCGAUGAGCAGCUCCAAUUCACCAGUACCAGUCCUCUGUUGUGGAGAACCAAAUAAACACAAUGAAAAAACACCCUCUUCCUUAGCAGCAUUUCUACUUUGUGGAUAGAUAAAAAGCAUUGAACCUGUGCUAAAUC